GCCUGCUUGGGGAGCGGCCUGUCGGCGUCGCGGCUGGGCCGGAUCGAACCGGCCCGAACCGGCCCGAAGCAUGGCCUCCGAGGCCUCCAAAUCCGUGCUCUUCGUCUGCCUGGGGAACAUUUGCCGUUCACCGAUAGCCGAAGCAGUUUUUCGAAAACUCGUAGCCGACAAGAAGGUUGAAAAUAAGUGGCUCACCGACAGCGGUGCGGUGUCUGACUGGAAUGUGGGGCGGUCCCCAGAUGGGAGAGCUUUAGACUGUCUAAGAAAUCAUGGCAUUGAGACAGCACAUAAAGCCAGACAGGUUACCAAAGAUGAUUUCCUCACCUUUGAUUACAUUCUCUGUAUGGAUGAAAGCAACUUGAGAGAUUUGAAUAGAAAAGGUAAUCAAGUUAAAAACUGCAAAGCUAAAAUUGAACUCCUUGGAAGCUACGAUCCUCAGAAGCAACUUAUCAUUGAAGAUCCGUAUUAUGGGAAUGACUCCGAUUUUGAGACUGUGUACCAACAGUGUGUUAGAUGCUGCAAAGCAUUUUUGGAACAAUCUCAAGGAGGGCAAGAGUGAUGAUCAUCUGCCUUCGAAGUAAUGUCCACACUUGAUUUGGUCGAUGUGCUAAAGUGUAAUAAUGUCUGCAGUUGAAGGUGAUAGUCGUUCUUCUAAGUUCACUAAAUAUUACACACUCUUGAUCUAAAAUAUUUUAAAAUGAAGCAUGAUCAUUAUUUUUGACAGUAAUAUAAAUGUUUAGAUUUGGAAAGGUAGAGUUUAAAAUAAGCAUAAAGACAUUUAAGUCCAUCUUUCUCCAGUACCUCAAAUACAAACACUGAAAUAUAUAUCAAAUUGUGAUUAUCUGAAAGCAUUUUUUAAAAACUUUUUCAUUAGAGAUUUAGAAGCUUUUUUCAUUUGACUCUGUCUAGCUGAGGUAUUUCUAAUAUAACAGAAAGUUCCUUUUAAUGAUUUGUACCCCAGAAUUAUUUGAAGCCAUUGGACAGUUAAAAGAAUAAAGAAUCCAGCUCGCCUACACUGAUGUCGCUAACUUCAUGAAAAUCCCCCAUUCUCAUCUUUCCCUUCUUUUUCAGUUCCCAAUUUCCUGGAGCCAAGCCGUUCUAUUUCAGGGGCUACCGAGAGCAAAAAAAUAAACACACUCCUUUCUACCUUCAUUUCUCCCAUACAAGCAUAAAGUAUUUGUCAUCCUCUCUUUUGGGGGAGACCUGAAGAGGUAGAAAGAGAUACAAAGCAAGUUCAAAUUAUUAGGCAGAAUCUCCUAAAGUGACAAUUUUGUUUCAUGGAAAUAGAAUGGAUUUUUUUCAGGGUGAAGUUUGACAGAAACCCAUCUGAUGAAACAGUGCUUUGCACACAGUAAGCGCUCAAUAAAUACGAAUGAAUGAACUUAAGCGUUUUAGGACUUAGCAAAAGGAAUCAACAUAGUGCUAAAUUUUGAGGGUUUCAGAAAAUGAAUGCUUGCUCUUGAGUUACCUGAAACCUCAAAUAUCCAAACUUGGCUAAGGAGGAUUGAAUUGAUUGGGAAGAUAGUAUACUUUGAAAAUGAAAACUGAUUUUUAAAUUGGUACCAUUCUUCCCUCUGAGUAUAACAUUUUUAUAAAGUGUGUCUAAUUUUGUGCAGUUGCUUUUGAUCACUAGAGUCUAAUUGUUUUCUAAGGUAAACAGUGCAGUGUAAACAUAGGACUUACCUACACACUUGGUGUUUAUUCGUAUUUUUGAACCUGAGCAGAGACACUAAACAACACUUAAAAAUUUUUUUCCUCACCCCUCAUCUCACUGAUCAGCAUUUGAAAGUACGAGAAUAUUUUAUCCAGUAUAAAGUUCCAGAGGAAAGUGUGAUUGAUUGUAGAUAAUCGCAUUGUUUGGAAUACAAUACUAAAGGUGGUAAUGUGAUCUACUGCUCUCCAAAAUUUUGAAUUUGAUUAGCAGUCUUGGAUAAAUUGGAUGUGUCCCCUCCUAGGUUGAGACCAAAGAAAUUGAAGUUCUAUCCACCUAGGGUUUUUUGAGUUAAUAACGAGACCACUGAUAUGUUUCUAAACUACUCUACCACACUAGUCCUUUGAAUCUGGUUGUUUAAAACAAAGUGAAUGCUUUUAUAUCAAUUCUGUUGAAUCUGGAUGACUGACUGAAUAAAUCAUCGGUACCUCAAUAUUUGCAUUACCAUUCUACUUAAUGUCGAAUAUUGCUGUGGCUCGUUUUAUUAGUAUCAGUUAAUCAUGAAUAUGCAAGUCUCAGAACCUCGAGACCCAAGUUAUAUAAUUUAAUCGGUGUAGUUGAAGUCAGGAAUCCUAGUCCCAUGCCUGUUCUAGCCAAAAAUUAAGUAUUGGACAAAUAAUUUGUCCUGAUGUAUACAUUUUGAAUUUACAUUUUGAAUUAGAAACUGUAGCAAUAGUAACUAUCUCCAAAAGCUGCCUUUCUCCAGUCCAUGGAGCAAGGGAGUAAAAAUCUGCUGCUCCUUGGACAUUUGUGAAUGAAAUUUCUAAGCUCUGGUCAAAAGAAGAUAGGGAAAAUAGGAACAGGUUCAAAGAGUACAUUUUAACCUUUGCAAAUAAUGAAAGCCAAACUCUAUAAUGUGUUCUAAAAAAGGAUAAAAAGUCAUGCUACAAAUAGCAAAAUACAUGGACUCUCUGUACUAUAUUAAAUGGAAAUAAAAUAAGACGCAGGUGGCCUACCUCUUA